AUGAAUCAGAAUGACGACCUCGCGAAUAGUGCGGCGUCUCCUUCAGGUGGCUCAGGCUACACGCUGAGUCACAUCGUCAGUCACGGCGGUGAUAACCCUGCUCAAGUCCAAGACUAUCAGCGGUCAGAUGAACUGACUCGCAACGGACUGCGCGCUGAGGCAGCGUUCAAUACACCCAUGGUCCAGCUGAUCAUCAAGGACUUCUGCGACUUGAGCGAGCGACUGGAGCAGAUCGGGGCCAUGGUUCCCACACAGAGUGGCCUACAUUACUGGGUUAGCGACUCCGCCAACGGAAGCGGUAUCAUCGUCGCCGAGUGUGUCGAACUCUUGAGGUACGCGCCCGGAUACACCGUGCGCGUUCCGCGUGACGUGCGAUUAGCAUUUGAAGCCCUCAACACCCUCGAACUCGUAAACCAAGCUAUGUAUCACAGCCUCUCGGGGUAUCUACGAUACCUCGAAGCCCAACAGCCGGCGCAGGCUCUCCAAGCUUACCAACCACCACCACCACCACCUAUACUACUUAAACGCCAGGACCAGAUCGUUGUACCGCAAGGACCUAGAACAUCCGGCGUUCGUUCCAGUGGUUCCGCUGGUAUCCAUCGGUACGAGUGGCCAGAGUCUCGUAAACUUGCCUGGCUUUGCAUCACCCCACGUAUGGUUCUACCUGAGAAGGCUUUAGAAUCCUCAUACUGUUCAUUCAACAGCGUAGCGCUAUGGGAUCAUGUUGACGUCCGACUGAUUGGACCCAAUAUCGAGGUGACUCUUGUGGAGAUCGCUGCGGUGGGCUACUUAAUCCAUCCCCUAUGCGCGCAAAAUGAACUGACGAAGGAUGCAGUUCUUUCCUCGAGCAGCCUCAUGUUGGAGGGCUAUCUGGAAGCGCUUCGAAGCGAGCGGAUGGAAUCUUCAUAA